AUGUGCCGAGCGUGUCGCGCGCGCGGUCGCGCGCGCGCGUCGACGUCGUCCCCCGUCACCGUCGUCGACGCCGCCGUGGACGUCGCGUGCGCGCCGUGUGACGACGACGACGCUUCGGCGACGCCUCGAUCGAUGCGCUCGAAUUACGACGUCGUCGUCGUCGGCGCCGGUGCCGCGGGCGCGUCGUUCGCGCGGACGUGGAGCGACGAGUCCGCGACGCGCGGACGGUCGUGCGUCGUCGUCGCGCGCGACGGCGCGGCGACGAUGGCGCGGGCGCGGGAGAUUGGGAGGCGAACGACGCGAUGGGACGCCGAGACGACGGCGCUCGGCGACGCGUUCGCGUCCACCAUCGACGUCGUUCGCGGCGACGUCGUCGACGCGGACGCGGUGGCGAAGACGGUGAUGAUUCGUACCGCGCUCGGGGCGACGCGCGCGGUGGGGUACGGGACGUUGGUGAUCGCGAGCGGCGGGGUUCCGAGGUCGCCGACGCCGGCGGGCGCGGCGACGGGCGCGGUGGACGUGCGGUUCGUGCGAGACGUCGAGAGCGUCGAUGCCGUCGCCCGGGCGCUGGGUGACGCGGCGAGAGGGGCGAAGCGCGUUGGCCGUGGUCCGGGAACCGGUGGCGUCGCGCCUCGAACUCGUGGACGCGUUGUCGGGCGCGCUUGA